CGGCACAUUUUUAUUUUGAUCAUUAAAACCUUUGUUUGUGGCUAUCCGCUUGUGAAUACUAGCUUUAAUUUUUGUUAAACUUUAUUUAAUAACUGUAAAAAACAUAAUACACCGUAACAUAUUGAAUAAUGCGCAGCCAGCGAUGAAAUAUAUAUUUGAAUUCUGAACAGUUUUACGAUGUAAUACCUUUUAUUACUCGAUAACAUUAAGAAGUGUUAGAUAUGAGCAAGGUUUAUUAUUUUUGUUUAUUUUUAACAUAUUUUUUAAAUGGAUAUGAUACUCUUGAAACGAGUGCUAGCUGGGACAGCUUCUGCCAACUUCAACCUAGAAAAGGAAGUUGUGGAAAUCAACUGAAAAGGUUUUAUUACGACAUGGAAUCGAACGAAUGCAGAUCAUUUUAUUUCGGUGGAUGUGAUGGAAAUCAGAACAAUUUCAACACUCUUUUGGAAUGUGAAAGGUUUUGCAAGGAUUCUAAGUACCUGAAUAUUGACGGUUCUCGGCGAGUUAGUCCCUGUAAUCUUCAGCCCGAAACUGGAUUUUGCCUGGCUUUAAUAAACAUGUAUUAUUACGAUAUAAAUGAAAAAAAAUGCAAAAUAUUUAAAUAUGGCGGUUGUGGAGGCAAUGAUAACAAGUUCAGAACUAGAGCGUUGUGUAUGAGGGCGUGUAAAAAUGUGUAAAAAUGUAACUAAAUAUAUAAUUGACUAAAGAGCUAUAAUAACAUUUUAUUAUCUAA